AUGGCGGACUCACAGAGUGAGACGCUCUUCAGCCAGUCCGAGAAAUCCUCGCAGCGAUCAUCAUCGCGCUCGUACAAGUCGCUACCAUCACUGAGGCUUUACAAGAGACAAAUUCUGUUGACAUCCUUACUGGUCGUGCUUCCCAUGACUGUCUUCACCAUUGUCAUACUGGCACUUGUAUUCAGCACAACGGUCAGGAAUCUGUCCUGUCACCACGAGGCUAUAUGUCCGGCCCCGCCUCUAAUCAACAUCACCAGCUCUUCCUAUUACUAUGUCGACUACCCUGCAACACGCCUGGUGUUCAUCUCGUCCUGGUCCUCGACAAUCAGCUUUGCGCUUGUUAGCGCCAUCAUGGUCAUGUUUGCGUAUCGGGGUGCCGCACAACUGAUGGCGGCUUCGUCGUCGGCGAAUCCUGAUAACAAUCUCCCUAGCCCCUAUCAGAUGAGCUUGCUGAUGAGAAUUCUGAAUGUCGAUUACCUGUCGCUCUGGACUUAUGCCCGUGAUGGUAUGAGACACAAAACGCGCCGCAAGCAGACGCCAGGCUCUCUCGAACGAGCAAAGAUACUCAGCUCGGCGGCAAUUGUCCUCGUCUUGUCUCUAAUCACGAGUGUCCUCAUACAAGCUGCCGAUAGUUACCUGCACAUAUCAACCGUCUCCGUUGAGAUGACGCAGAUAUUUCCAGAUCCUCCCAAUGCAUUGCAGAACAGUCGAAGGAUGGGCGAGUGGUGCCUCGACAGCAGACCUACGUUUGGCACACCGGAGAAUAUCAAUUUCUGGGGAUGCUCCUCUUACGUCGAUCCGGAGGUACAGUUCUUCGUCAAGCGCAAUCUCUCUACAUUUUGGCAGUGGAAGAGUAUACCAGCAAAGGACUACCUGCUAAAUUAUACAGACGAGAACAAGUCUCAGUAUGCCAUCCUCGGACCACUCAAGACUCCUUCAAACAUCGAUUACACAGCGUCCAGUUUUGCCGUGUCGGCGUCAUGUCAGCCUGUUCCUGCGUUGGCCUGCGAUAUCGCUGUGGACGUGCCAAUGUCAUUGACGCGCCAAGGCAUCUCCUUCCAUUGCCUAAAAAGUCGGGGUUCACCAAUAGACUUCCAGGGUAACAUUUCACACUCGGUCGCUGCAACGAAUGCGAUCAAUUUCCACAAGUACAUGAUGGAGAAUGAGGCUUUCAUGUCAGAUGAAAUUAACAUGAAAACCAACACUCUCGAAGAAAUAGCACCGACUGUAACUGAUGAGGAGGCAAAGGCCAUGUGGUCGAAUCCUUGGCAAUGGGUCGGCCAGCUCGACGUCAUUGGACGCGUGAGAGACUUUCCCGAUUUGCCAAAUAAGACGACGUGGAGGACUGACUGGUGGGACAAGAUGGUGCUACAUUGUAACUCGACCGUGUACGAUGUAAACUACACCCUUGUGGGUGGGGUUGUCACAGGUAUGAACAAAACGGUCAGCAAUUCGACCGUCGCUGGCAAUGCGAUAUUUCCGUCGCUGUACACGAGCGGGUAUUACAACGACGUCUUGAAAGCAAUACCGCCUCUUACCUUUUCCGCCACCACAUGGGACGAGUUUAAAACGAUUUACGAGAUCGAAAGUAGUCGUUUGGUCGUAAUGGCUUUGGCACCCAAUACAGUGGCGGAGACGAGUCCGCUGUCACAGCGCCGAAGCAAUCGUAUCAUUAGCCAAAUUUCUGCUGCAGCCUUGUGGUCGCUGGUAUUGGCAAAUAUGGCGUUUGCCCUGUUAGCAACUGGUGUCGCAAUCAUGGCAUGGCGAGCAAGUUCAGACGAGGUCUAUCAAGUCCAGGCUCGAUUUGGGAUUCCCGGACUAGCUGCGGCGCUCUUCGAUCAGGAGGCCAGUAAGCAGUGCAUCUCCUCCGCGAGAGAGCUGUUUCGAGAGAACACUCACGGGCCAGCCCCGGAGGUCGCUGUGGGAGUACGAAGAACGCAAACCGAGGGGAUGACCUGGACGCUGCGGACUGUAGGGUCUCAAGAGUUCCAAGACGUUGAAAGGCCGUGCUCAAACAUGGGGGAUGUUGCAGUUCAAGAUGCCAAGGGAAUCGAUGAGCGGGGCAACAUGAAGACUACUACUCAUGAGCCAUUGCUGUCACAGCUUCCCUCUGGCUCAUCGACCGUCACCUGCAACGAUGAUCGAGGACUGGGGACCGACUUUGAACGUUUGGAUGUUGAUAUCGGUCCUGCUAACCUCUGGUUUGAAGAUAGGCAAGACUCGCUAGAUGACGGCCGAAAGAGUAACGAAGCCAACGGUACUACGCAGUCCAUGCUGCACGUUGACCUUUGGAUUCUCGCUCUUCAUGACUCCAGACCAGAAGAGGUUCUUGGCUGUCACGAUGGCUUGAAACCGCGACAUUUGCCUGGGCCGGUCUUUCAUCAUGCGCCACCUGUUCCUUUCGAUGGGGGGGAUUGGUUCCUGUGGAGUUUGCGUUGA